GCUCUGUCAUGUUUCUGCCGCUGCUGGGUGCCUGUGCUGUGGUAGGGCCAUUCCAGGGCGCUGAGUGGGAGCCCGUGCAAGGCCUGCUCUCAGAGGAUCGCAGCUGCAGGAACCUUCGGUGCUGGGGCAACCUGCUGGUCCUCUGCCUCUUUGUGAUCUGGCAGGCUCAACAUUAUUGGCACCACAACAUCAGGACCUGCUCUAACAAGAAGAAGGUCAUCAAGGUGCCAUCAAAGAAUUGGGCGGUGUCCUCUGCGAGCUGUGACAUUUAUUUUGAUCUGGCCCCUGAAUUCCUUGUUAAUCCUGACCAACUCAGAGAACUGGAUACUCAUGUCCAACAGCGGGCACAGGAGAAGACAGAGGAGCAUGGGAGGACCCUCCAGGAAUCACAGACCCAGUAUUUGCUCUCUCAGCCGAAGCUAUGUCAGGAGCCACCUCAAGGUGUCCUCACCUGUGCUGAGCCCAUGUUUUGUGGCACUUCCUUUCCAAACACCUGUAUGGCUUCCCAGGACAAUUCCUGGGAAGCUGGGCAAGUACCCUGGUGUCUCAGUGAUGGCCAGACUUGCAAGCCACUGGCCCCUGCCCUGGAGGUGUGCCAGAGGCUGGAACAGCUGCUGGUCCACGCCCAGGAAGAGUUCAUGCCACUGCAGCCUGUUGUUAGCUUGAGGUCCCAGCCAACAGCCAUGACUUUAGCUACCUCUCUCACAAAGUUCCCAGCCACUCAGAGAGUUCAGGUCUCCUCCAGAGAGCUGCUGCCUUCUCCUUCCAACCAGAAGGGAGGCAUUCCCACAACAAAGUUUUGCAGCUGCCUACACGAGGCCUCGAAACCAGGGAGGGAAAAUCAGAUACAAGGUAGAGAGGAGGACAGUAGACAGACCCAGGCUGUGGUGUGGGUGAAGCAGAGAGAGAGCGUAGAGGAGAAUGCAUGGGAAAUCAAAGCAAAUGGAAAGCCACUCCCAGUAGACCGUGCAACGAAGGAGGCUGCAGAGAUCAAGGUCCUGGAGUGGGGAAGUGAGAGACUAGUAAUAAAUAAAGCUGGUGGAGAAUUCCUGACACCAAGAUGGCAGAGACAUGACCAGAUGGAAGCUGAACCUAAAGCAAACAUUCAGGAGCUAGGGGAGAGAAACCUGAGAGAGACUGCAGGUGAGACUUCUUCGGAAGCCCAGAAACCUAUAUGUGAGAACCAAGAGGAGUUAAGAGGCAAAACUGAUGCGGCCACCCAAACAUCAGGGUGGGGGAGCCAGGAGAUGGGCAGGAAUGAGGAUGCUGCAGAGAACCGAGCACUUGAGAACAGUAAUGGGACCAGAGGGGAGGAUGAAGAGGACAUCCAGACCCAAGGGCUGCGGAAGCAGGGGCAGCCUGGAAAUGGAAGUGGGACAGAGACCCAGGCUCCAGAGCAGAGAAAACUAGAGCAGAUUCAAGGUGACACCGGCACAGAAAUCCAGGUGGAAGAGUGGGGAAGCAAGGACAGGGCUGGAGGCAAGAAGACUCUGCAGACCCAGAUAGCGGGGAAAGACAACCUACAUGACGUGAAAAAAGAUGAUGGUAUAGAGACACACACCCUGGAGUGGGGAAGGCAGGGAUGCACUGGAGGUGAGAAAGUGUCAGAGAACAAGGGUCACGGCAGAAGGGAGAAAGCUGGGAAGAUCCACGCAUCCAGGGAAGAGGUCCCGAAACAUAGAAAGCAUGAACUUCAAAUGGGGUUGGGAAAUCAAGGUCUGAGAAGAGAGGGUGCUCGGGAAACCCAGGUAUCUAGAAAGAAGAACCUCAUGGAAGUAAAAGAGGAGGACUGGGUGGUGAUCCAGGCCCUGUGGUGGGAAGAUCACAAACUGGUAGUAAGUAAAAUUGUCAGAGGACCUGAAGUGCCAAGUUGGGGAAAUCAGGAUCAAGCUGUAGGCAAAUGUCUAGCUGAAAUUCAGGCAUCAGAGGACUGGAACCAGAGAAAGGAUGGAGGUGAAGACAGCACAGAUACGUGGGCACCUGAGGCAGAGAGCCAGGGGCAAGUAAGAGGUGAAACUCAUGUAGAGAUAUAUCCACCAUGGCGGAGAAACCAGGAGCAGCUUGGAGGUGAGAAUAGUGCAGACAUUGAGGCAUUAGGGCAGCAAAAACCAAGAGAGGUCGGAGAUGAGAAAGAGGCCUGGGAACUUGGAGCAGAAAAUCAAAGUCACACAAGCAAUGGAAUUAUUGGAAAGAUUCACACACUAGACUGUGAGAAUCAGGAACACAUUAAAGGCAAAGAUAAUGCAAAUACUCAGACAUCCAGGGCUGAGGACUGCAGAGAGUCAAUAGGUAAAACUGAAGAAGAAACCCAGCCAACAGAGUGGGGGAAAGAGAAGCAGCCUGGGAGUGAGAAUGGCACUGAGAUUCAAGCUCUGGAGAAAAGACACCAGAGAGAAUCUGGAGGGCAGGAGGCUUGGCCACGUCAGGAAGAAAGCCGGAGUCAGAGAAGAGGUGAUAAUGAUGGAAAGACCCACUUAUUUGAAUGGAAGAAUCAGGAACAUGUGGGAAGUGAGGAUGAAGCAGAAAUUCGGACACCAGAGAGGAGAAACCAGAGAGAAACCAUAAACAAAGAUGGCACAGAGACCCAGAGCCCUGAGACUGAAAACCAGGAUGAAGUGUGGGUGAGUUAUUCACCAGGGAGGAAGACGUGGGGGCAAACUGAAGGAAAGAAAAAUGCAGAUAACCAGGCACUGGAGAAGAGAAACCAGAGAGCUGUUGGGAAUGAUGAUGACAGAAAGAUCCGGAGACUUAGAGGAGGGAACCAGAAGGUCGUGAAAAGUCAAGUGGAUGGAAGAGCCUGCUCACCAGACAGGCAGCAGAUGGGAGCUGAGAAUGGUGCAGAAGUUCAGGGGAAGAAAGGAGACAGUAGAGAUGAUAAGAUGCAAGCUCCUGGCCAAGGUGAUCAGAAAGAGUCCAGAAAUGGAUGUGAUGGAGACAUGCAGAGACAAGGCAAAGGAAACGAGGGGAAGAGUAGAGAGGAAGACGAUGCAGAAAUCCAUAAUGAAGGGAACCAGACAAAGUGCAGAGCUGAGGAGGUGGGAGGAAGUGAAGGGAACAAGGGUCAGAGCAGAGCCAAGGAUGUUGCCAGAGACAGUGUCCACAUUGAGCAUUCUGGGAGUGAGAUGUCCCCCAUCCUGCCUAACUCCAGACACGGGACUGUGAGACACGAACAGGCAGUGACCUCUGUUUGCUGUCCUGAUAUGACUCCUCUCUCCAAGCCAGGAGAAGUCAUCCUGCUUGCAGGUGGGGAGGGACACCAUUUGGCCAAACAGAGCAGGGCCCCUGCCAGGAGGCACAGAGCGGAGGUCAGCGUGGCCUUCCAGGAGUCCCGACCUAAACCCCUGAGAAGGCGGCACAGGAACAAAGAGGUGGGUCCAGGAAAGGGUUCCAACCUGACUCCAGAGUGCCAGAAACCACAGUCACAGGCUGCUCCCUUGGCCUUGCCUCCUUCUGCCUCCUCUUCUGUCACAGCUCUAGUGGACAUUCCCAUUGCCCACAGUGCCCCACCUAAGUGGCCCAUCCUCAAGAGGAGCCAAAGACUGCUCCUGGAGUCUCUCAUGCGACGGAAGAUUGCACACCUGAAGUGGGGACCUCCCCAGCGGAUCCUAGAGUCCCACUUGCUCUCUAGCUUCUUAGGAACCUGCCCACCACCCUUUGUUGGGAUGAGGCUCCUUGGAAAUAACACAGGCAGGGAGCAACCAGAGCAGCAGGAAGGGCAUCGUGAGGCUCAGGGCUCCACACCAGCUCUGAAAUUCUCACAGAGGCCCAGGAGAGCUUGUCCUCCAGAAAGGAAAAGCUCAAAACUUCCUCCACAGGCCAGAGCCCCAGACAAGCGUGGCUCGUGUGGAACAGGGCCAGUGGGCGUUUCCACUCCUCUGGAAAAGCCCAGGAGAGCCAGACCACCACCAGGGGGCUCCAGAGAACCACAGACUGUCCAGGAAGCGGUUCCUCCUAGGGCCAAAUUAACUGCUCCCAGGAAUCUAAGACUGGCAGCAGAAUCUAGGAGACCAUGUAACCCAGAAAGGGCCAGAGAGCCUUCCAGUGAGAAUAGCAGAGGCAGGGAAACUGUCAGGCCAGGAGCCUCCCAGAAGGCAGCGAGAGCUCCCAGCAGAGUGCAGAUCUCACAGAGUGUGGGCCAUGAACCUCCAUGUCAGGAGCACACAUUCCAGAAGGUCACACUGCCUCCACGGUGCACAUGGAAGCAGCCCACAGUCCAGACACGAAGCCAGGCAUCUGAGGAGGGCAGAGGGGCUGGGCACCAGCCAUCUUUCUGUUCCACAGACACUUUCAACCUCAAAGGGAGUCUCCACUCUGCAGCAUCCAGGCUGGGUACAGCCCUACUAGGUAAGCUCUCCUGCUGCCCACACCUAGCUAAGCCCCAGCACUCAACCCCCAACCUGAGCCAGAGGACUCCUGGUUCUUCGCUGAAACCCCAGGGGAGCAACCCACCUCCGAGGGAGGACAUCAUGACAGUUAACACAUCUUUCAAGAAGGACCCUCAGCCCGUAGAUCAAUGCUGUACUGGGGCAACUAUUAACAAAAUACAGAGGCCUCAGGAUCCAAGGGUUCUGGUGAGACCACAUAAGGCCCCGCAGAAUCCACCAGUCUCCCCAAAGUUUGGUUUUGUGAAGCAUUUGAGGUAUUUUCUGCUUCAACAUGGCUUUAGGAAGUAGAUCACAGACACAGCAUCCCCAGAACAUGUCAGAGAAGGCACAAGAGUGACCACUAAUAAAACUGAUUUGACCAUGUGA